AUUCUCUGCAAUGGCUCUACCGGCCUGCAAUCUGCUCAAAGGCAAAACAGCUGCCAUCACCGGCGGAACCACAGGAAUCGGCCGCGCGAUCGCAUUGGCAUACAUCACCCAAGGCUGCAAUGUCGCGGUCAACCAUCUCGGCCUCCCCCAGGAUGAAGAGCAUCGGCACAGUCUGCUCGAUGAAGUUAAAUCCAUCCAACAAAGCGGAAUCGCAGCUGGCAAUAUCCUCGAGAUUCCUGGUGAUGUGACCGCCCCGGAAACCAGCAUAAACCUUCUGGAUAUUUUCGUUGCCAAUGCUGGUGUGUUCAAGCAAGCUGAAUUCCUCCAAAUUGAAUCCUCUCUCCUCGAUCACAGCGUCGACGUCAACAUCAAAGGCUGCUUCUACUCCUGUCAAGCAGCUGCCCGGCAGAUGGUCAAGCAGGGCCACGGUGGCUCCAUCAUCGGUAUCUCUUCCGUCAGCGCACUGGUUGGUGGAGGCCUUCAGACCCACUAUACCCCCACUAAGGCCGCUGUGUUCUCCAUGAUGCAGUCUAUGGCUAUUUCACUUGGCAAGGAUCGUGUCAGAUGCAAUGCUCUUAUGCCAGGUACUAUUGCGACUCAAUUGGCUGAUCAUGAUAUGAAGAACCCUACUAAGAAGGCUGCACUCGAGGCGCGCAUUCCGCUGGGGCGGAUCGGGAGCCCGGACGAUAUGGCUGGUCCAGCGGUGUUCCUGGCUUGCGAGGAGAUGAGUCGAUAUGUCAAUGCCACGGGGUUGUUGGCGGAUGGUGGGAUGUUUAGUAACUUGCAAUAG